UGGAACUCAGUCACAGCCCGGGACGGGCGCAAACGGUCGUGGCCGGACUUAUCGAUUUUAGCAAUUUCUAAACGCUCACACAGCGUCAUACAGUCUAGCGAACACUCGCUCAUUACCAUGACUAAAACCCCUCACAGAACUAUAAUUUCUAAACGUUAUUUCACACAGUAAAAACAGGUUUAAGUUCUGAAAUAAGUUUAAAAAUCUCGGUGUUAUCAAGGAUCUUCAAACAGGGAGGGGAAAAAGGAUAGGUUGGCUGUCAGAAAUCGUUUCCAUACCAUCCCGGAUAAUUAAAAAUGACAUCCUGCAUGAAAAGAUGGACAAAAUGUGUGCUCCUUUUUUGAAAGGUGGACUGUGAUUUUUUCUUUUUUAAUGUUUUUUUUUUCAAGCCAGUGCGUGUGUGUGUUUGUGGAAAUUGUGAUUUUAGUCCAAAAUUGUGUCGUGUGUGGUAGCUUUCCGUGGAUAUUUUCUCCUUGAUAAUGUAAAUCUGGAUCCAGUUUUAAACCUCUACUCUACUCUAGUCAUCAAACCUAGUACUUACCUUUUAAACAAAGCUAGUUAAUUAAAAAAUAACUACCUAAUACAAAAAUAACGCAACCAGUCAAUUCCGCGCGGAAAAUAACAGUGUUGCCAACGUAGAAAAACAAACAGUUCAGAAAUGUCAAGCUAGUUAGUUUUUGCAAUAAAACAAAUACGCAUCGGUAAACAAGAUGGCGACGCCUCCUGACUCCCCUGUAGAGGAGCAUGCCUACGAGCUGGAGCCCACCAGGACUCCCAAACCCAUCCCGGUGGCCCUGGAGGAGCUCUGCAGACAGACCAAGUUCUCCAAACAAGAGAUCCGGGUGAUGUACCGGGGAUUCAAAACGGAGUGUCCUGAAGGCGUGGUGCAUGAAGACUCAUUCAAAGACAUCUAUGCCAAGUUCUUCCCUCACGGCAACUCGGCGUUGUACGCGCACUAUGUGUUCAAAGCCUUCGACGUGAACUGCAGCGGCGCCAUCAGCUUCCGGGAGUUGCUGGUGACUCUGUCGACGCUGCUCCGAGGGUCGGUGUACGAGCGACUGCGCUGGGCCUUCAGACUGUACGAUGUGGAUGGGGACGGCGCUAUCACGAGACAGGAGCUGGCGGAGGUGGUGGUGGCGGUGCACGAGUUGCUGGGCCGGCGCGGCGCCCCCGGCUCCCCCGCCGCCAGGGGGGACGACGCCAAGGCUAACCAGCAGGUGGACCGCGUAUUCACGAAGCUGGACCUGAACCAGGACGGCGUGAUCACCAUCGAGGAGUUUCUUGAGUCGUGUCUCAAGGACGAGGUCAUCACGCGCUCGCUGCAGAUGUUCGACACGGCGCUAUGACGUCACAGCGAGCAGCGCGCCGCCUCCAGGACGGUGACCAAGCGGCCCAACCCGGCGUUCCGCAUCGCCCGCCACUACUGCCACUGCGCGCGCGCCGCACCGGAAGCGGAAGGCCUCCUGCACAACAUGGCGGCGGCGCUGGGCCGCCUGCGCGCGCAGCAGUACGCGCGCUACGUCGCCGCGUUCGGGAACUUCUACAACGGCGUCGUGAAACCCAAAGUCAAGAGUGUACUGUUUUUCCAAUUUUAAAUCCUAACUUAUUCAAUACUAGCUGUUACCGCGCGCUUCGCUUUGCCUUAAAAAGUUUUCCCGUGAGAAUUCUUUUUAAGGCGAAGCGAAGCUCGCGGGAACAGCUAGUAUUUUAUAAAGUUUACCAGAGUUGUAGUUUUUACGCGUCGUAGUUGAAUGAUGUUUUAAAGUUUUAGGUAGGUAGUUAAGUCGUUUUUUAUUUGGGAAAUACGCCAAUUAUUUUUAAGGUCCGUUAUGUUGUUGUGUUUUAAAAUCUAAACAUUUUAAGUUUACUAAAUAUUUAUGUAUUCAAUAAGUAUGCAGUUAGCUGUACCUAAAUAGAUGUAUGUUAAAACUAUAAUACCUUUUUUGUUUUGUCUAAAUACUUAGCUUCUUAUUUUAUUUCAUACUCUACUUGUAAUUAUGAUUCUCAUGACUAUUUCAUUUUUGAAAUACAGAACCUUAAGGGGAUAUCAGGGCACUUCGUGCCACUGAAAUUCCUUGCCCCUGCAUUUUUGCCUACUUGCACUGAAAUAUAACUUUUGUCCUAUUUACAAAAUUUAUAUAAAAUUAUAUACUUGUCAACAGGGUAACAAACCGCUCCUUCUAAAAACUUGGAUAUAUUGCUUAUUUUAAACAAACUAUACAAUGAAAGUUUUGGAUAAGCUUAAUACUUACAUACAAUGAUAUUUUUUGAUCACUUCGUGUUAAGAAUUUUAUUUUAGCUUCCAACACUGUUCGACAACUGUUCAUGUCACCAAUAUUUUUAUCAUAAAUAUAUGGGUAAAGACCUUGAAUAUUUUAAUCUAUUGCAUCACUUUAAGCUGGUCCAUUUCAGUACCUAGCAAACCUAUUUACAUAAUGAGAAUUUUUAAACAAAGCGAAUUGAUAUAACUAUUAUUAUUUUAACUGUUCUCAAAUAAAUCAUAAUUAUAUAUUGGAAUUGAUUUUACUAAACAUAUUUACACACUUAAAUUUUUACUAGUUAUAAUGUAAUAAUUAUAUCCAUUUCAACAUAUUUUUUAACUUUAAAGCAAUUAACUAAAAGCAAAUAAUCUUUAAUCAUAUCAAUAUUUAGUUCUUAGUUAAUUUGUAUGUAAAACUAUUAUGAUUGUUCUUUUGCAAGGCAUUUAUUUAUUUAUAACAAUAUCGUUAGUCAUUUUGCUUUUAAAAUACUACUGGAAUUAUCGUUUUAAAAAUAAUUUUAU